AAAAAAGUCAAAAUUCUGACUUUAAUCUCAAAACAAAAAAACCCUACUUUUUGUCAGAUCUAAAACAAAAUGCACAUGUGGCUCUCAUGCUCUUCCACACAGAUUACACAGCUGCCUGGGCCUAGUGGCCCACAGGCGGCGUUUAUCCAGCAGCCAGAACCUCCAUCUGUGCCUGCCCCCAGGUCAAGAUCUACCGUGGCUCAAGGGCCUUCACCAGAGCCAACACCAUCAAGGACUGGAGGACCAGCAUCACUACAGCUGCCUCUGCCUCCAUCUGUGCCUGCCUCCAGCUCAAGAUCUACAGUGGCUCAAGGGCCUUCACCAGAGCCAACACCAUCAAGGACCAGAGGACCAGCAUCACUACAGCUGCCUCUGCCUCCAUCUGUGCCUGCCACCAGGUCAAGAUACACCCCGGCACAAAGGCCUCCACCACAGCCAUCACCAUCAACCCAGCCAGCAAAGAAGUCUCGCCUAGCACACUUGUAG